AGCUCCAUGAAUUCUUGAAGAAUUCUAAAGUAAUAAUUUGGUAUGUGCAGAUUGCUGAUAGGCUCCAUUGGUACGUAAAGAAUGGAGAUACGAUAGUAGAUUUCUGUUGCGGUGCUAAUGAUUUCAGCAUCAUAAUGAAUAAAAAGCUUGAAGAGACGGGGAAGAAGUGCUUUUACAAAAACUAUGACUUCAUUCAACCGAAGAACGAUUUCAAUUUUGAGAAGAGAGAUUGGAUGACUGUUCAACCAAAGGAGUUACCGUCAGGGUCACACUUGAUCAUGGGGUUGAACCCUCCUUUCGGAGUUAAAGCAUCUUUGGCAAACAAGUUUAUUGACAAGGCUCUCGAGUUCAAUCCAAAGAUUCUUAUUCUUAUUGUUCCACCAGAAACUCAAAGGUUAAAUGAAAAGAAUUCACCUUAUGACCUGAUUUGGAAAGAUGAGCGGUUUCUGUCAGGAAAGUCAUUCUAUCUCCCUGGAUCUGUUGAUGGGAAUGACAAACAAUUGGAGCAAUGGAAUGUGAAGCCACCACCCCUGUAUCUUUGGAGUCGUCCUGAUUGGUCUGCUGAGAACAAGGCUAUAGCUGAAGCGCAUGGUCACAACUCUGCAUCACAAGGGUUUAUGGAAGAAGAUCAAUCCGACUGCCUAAUCCCUGAUCAUUCAGUAGUUAAUGAUGAGCAUUAUGGUCAAACACUUGUGCAGAUGGAUGAUGAUCCCAUAAAGACUGAUAGUCCCAAGGAUGUUGCAGGAGGGUCAGUUGUGACGCAGGUAUUAGAGGGGUCUUGUAAGAUCAGUGUUGACAGAGAUGGCCAUGUGAGUCCUCGUCCUGGAAAGAACCACAUUGAAGAGAUAUCAGGGAAACUGCAGUGUGGUGGCAGAGAAGAGCAUCGAAGUUGUAUGCUUGAGAAAUCUUCAGAAAAAAAAGUAGAUGGUGUAAAAGUUUCUGGUAGUGAGAUACGAAAGGAAAUGCUGCCACACACUGAGCCUGCUGAAAAAGGAAAUCGGCAUUCUGAGCCCAGCAAUUCUGGUUCUAAUAUGGAGAUAGAAACUACUGAUAGUGGGACCCACGCCAACGUUGCUGAUGAUACAGGCAGAAGCUUUGCCAUGAGCAGUGAUGAGGCGUACUCCAGUCUGCCUCGUAGAUGGAGCAUUGCUGCUAAUUCUGGUUCUGGUUAUAGGGCUACAAACGUGGAGCAACUGUUUGUGGGGCACAUGAGGGAAAGGUCAGAUCGCCUUGGUUAUGGACCAUAUUUGAAUCACGUAGAAGACCCAUUUAGGAGGGAGUCUGACAUACGCUCGCAGGUUCGCCUUUAUGGUCGGCCAGAUUCGGAUCCUUUAAGAAGUAGUUAUCAAGUGGGUCAGAAUCCUGUUAGUGGCCAGAAUGGAUCGUAUCCCUUUACUUAUGGCCAUACUCAUUUUGGUUCAGCAGCUGGGUCAUCUUACAGAAGUAAUACAUCAGCCAUGCAGCGGUAUGCGCCUCGGUUGGAUGAAUUGAACCACAUGAGGAUGGGUGCCUUAGGACCUGAGCCUAGUUUAGGAUAUGACCCGCACGUGUUCAGUAGCAACGUCCCUUUUGAUCCCAGGGCACCCCGACCCGGUCAGCAUGGUGGCCCCAUGGGGUUUGCUCCUGGUCCUCACCAAAGCUAUUCAAGCCAAAAUUCAGCAGGUUGGCUGAACGAGUAAAGUAUGUUCCAUGUGAUAUGUAGGUUUUGGCUUCCGUACAUAGAUUAGCAUAUGCUUGUGAAGAUGUAUUGUAACCUUUUACUUCAUUUCACCGUACUAUUUUAGUUGCUUCUUGAAGUGAAACUUUUUUUAACUUUCUAUUGCUUUAUCCUUCCAUGUUUGCCAUCCCUUUUUAAUUUCAGAUCUUUAUAUUUGGGCU